AUGGUUGAUGACAGUGGUUGUGAAGUGAAGAUAGAGGUCUCAGGCUGCAUGUGGUUGAUCUCUAACAAACAAACGAUUGAUGUUCAUGGUGAAUCAGAAAACAUUAAUGUACGGGCUGCGUUUAUACACGUUGUUGGUGACUUCUUACAAAGUUUUGGUGUAUUCGUCGCUGCCCUUGUUAUAUACUUUUACCCAGAUUGGAGUAUUGUUGAUCCAAUUUGCACAUUCUUGUUUUCGAUCAUAGUGUUAUGUACCACUAUGGCAAUUCUGAGGGAUACACUCAACGUCCUAAUGGAGGGCAUGCCGAGAGGAGUGGACUUUAAUGAUGUCCUAAAUACUUUCCUCAGUAUAGAUGGGGUGCAGAGAGUACACAAUCUUCGUAUCUGGGCUCUCAGCUUGGACAAGACCGCCCUGGCGGCUCACCUGGCCAUCAGUCCAGGAGUGAACUCGCAUGAAAUUUUGAAGGCUGCGUCCCGAAAAAUCCAUUCAAAAUUUCACUUUUUUGAGAUGACCCUUCAAAUAGAGGAUUUUCAAGAGGUAAUGAAAGACUGUACGCAAUGCCAAUGCCCAGAAAAAUGAUUCCAUGAGUUUUAGACAAGCGUUGUGUUAUCGUGGUAAAUAAUAAGCAGGGAAGACCUAGACAUGUUAGUCAGGUUAUAUUUUCUCGUAACUAUUGUUUAAGUAAAGGUAGCUUAAUUAGUAAAAAAUGUAAAAUAUUUAAGUACCUGUGAUAGUUGUAGUUUAGAAUAUUAUCCAGAAGCAAUGGAGACAGCUCUAGUCUUUUGAUAUUUUGUCAGUUUAAUGUAUUUUGCAUAAAGUAAACAUAUUUGGUGACAUUUUCUAUAAAGUAUAUUUAUAUAUUGUGAAAUAAAUUGCUAUUUUGUAUAAAAA